AUGGCUAAAACUUCCACGACUCCUAGAGCCAAAAAGGCUGCCAGUCUUCCCGCUCAUCCAAAAUAUGAAGAUAUGAUUCGAGCUAUCAAAAAAUAUAUUCUUACUUCGUUCAAACUUCCCGAUAAUACCGUUACGAACAACCGCCUUCGCAUCGCUAUUAAUAAAGGUGUCGAAAAAGGGUUAUUUGCUUUCUACAAUGGUAUGCGACCAAGCGGAACUAUUAAGCUUGUUAAAAAGGAACCGGUAAAGAAAGAAAAGAAGGAAGUCGAGAAAAAGGAAAAACCCAAGGCAGCCGUUAAAAAGGAAUCGAAACCCAAAGCUGAAAAGCCUUUUAUUGCAGAAAACCAAGAAAGCGGCCCCCAAGAAAACUGCCAAGAAAGCUGUAAAGAAAACGACGAAGAAACCCACAACCAAAACGACCAAACGAGCUAA